UGUCAGCAGUACCCUUGAUGCAAACGUUUGGCUGAUUGUUAGCGUUGUUUUUAUGCAUAAAUCCUGAGGAUAUGACUGAAAAUGAAGACGAAGUCACUACAUUUUGUGAUUCUACGGCAUCGUUGGUGGAAGGAUGUCGAUUACCAGUUCGAAUGCAAGGCGGGGACGAUUGGCCCCUAGCUGAAAUAAUAAGUAUUAAGGAAAUUCAUGGACAAAGAGGAUACUAUGUACAUUAUGUAGACUUUAAUAAAAGAUUGGACGAGUGGGUGGAGGAAUCAUGGCUCGACACAAGGAAGGUUCAAUUUCCGAGGAGAGAUGGCGCUCCCACCGGUGGCACUACAACUCCAAAGAAGACACAUAUAGGAUCUGGAGGUGGCGUGAUGCCUAGUUUUAUUAAUGACAAUGUCUGCAACGAACCACAGAAGUCACAUAGCACUAGAGAAACCCAUCAAAUCCCACCAAAAUUAGCAGAGAAAAGUCAUACUAACACUGCACUCAAUGGCUCCUCACAAAAACUUGCACCUGCUGCUCCAACGGGAGAGCCUCGUCAGCUCAUCUCCAGACCGGCCAGCCCAACUCUCGGCCAGGACUCCUCAUCGCUGGUCAAUGGUGGUGCUGUAUUGGCUGCGGCGCUGCAGAAAAAGAUGAACAGGAAACGGAAAGCUAAUUCGUUAGAGAAUGACGUUACUACAGAAGCGAGUGACUCGUUAGACGGUGGUGAGCCUACACUGAGCGGCACAGCCACGCCCACGACGCGCCCACGCCAAUCAGGCAGUAUGCUCGCGCACGGGCACGACGACGUGGUAACACGCAUGAAGAACAUCGAGAUGAUUGAGCUGGGUCGAAACAGGAUCCGGCCCUGGUACUUCGCGCCCUACCCGCAGGAAAUGGUGAAUUUACCUUGUAUUUACAUUUGUGAAUUCUGCUUGAAAUAUAGGAAGAGUAAAAAGUGUUUAGAACGUCACUUAAUAAAAUGUAAACUAAAACAUCCACCCGGAAACGAAAUAUACAGAAAAGGAAGCAUAUCAUUCUUUGAAAUAGACGGCAGGAAAAACAAAACGUACGCACAAAAUCUAUGUUUAUUGGCGAAACUGUUCCUUGACCACAAGACAUUGUACUACGACACGGAUCCCUUUCUGUUUUAUGUUAUGACAGAUUUUGAUACGAGAGGUUUUCACAUAGUAGGGUACUUUUCAAAGGAAAAAGAGAGCACAGAAGAUUACAAUGUCGCUUGUAUAUUGACUUUACCGCCGUAUCAGAGGAAAGGUUACGGAACCUUACUAAUAGAAUUUAGUUAUGAAUUAUCAAAGUUUGAAGGUAAAACAGGUUCUCCGGAAAAACCCCUGUCUGAUCUUGGUCUAUUAUCGUACAGGAGUUAUUGGGCCCAGACUAUACUCGAUAUAUUGAUAAGCAUCAAGCCGAUUGGUGAAAAUGAGAAACCAGUCAUUACUAUAAAUGAAAUAUGUGAAUUGACUAGCAUAAAGAAGGAGGAUGUUAUCAGCACACUGCAAAAUUUAAAUCUAAUUAAUUAUUACAAGGGUCAAUAUAUAAUAUCAGUUAAUCAGAAUUUAUUUCAGGAAACAAUACAGCAACAUCAAAAAGCGAUGGAGAAGAAAUUGUUAAGGAUAGACCCGAAAUGCUUGCAUUGGACGCCCAAAGAUUGGUCGAAGCGAGCCAAGUGUGUUUGAAGUUACGACAGCGAGUAUAUCGGGCUUCGUACACGUGAGAAAUCCGCGCGAACACAUUAUGAACCGAAGCUACGUUCUCUGGAAAUUGUACCUACAAUUUAUUGUAUUAUAUUUUUAUUGUGAUAUUAAAUAAAUAUGUUCGUUUAAGUAA